GAUGGGUUGAUGGUAGAAAGACAAGCGCUCCGCUGAUCGAGCAAGAAGCGCCGGAGAAAGCAAUGCGGUGGAAGGCCAAGCCGUGGUGGGACUCGGGGGCUAUUAUUGGAAAACUGCUCUUCUCCCUCCCGCGCUGUUCCGCCGAGGCUUCCCCCUCCCCGCAUCCCAAACCCAGCCUCCCGAGCCAGAGAGGAAAAGAUCGGGCUGGGUAACAACAAUGCGAGGGGCUCGGGCGGGGGAUUUGAUCUGAAGUAACUUGCCCCGGCGGCUGCCGCCCAGGGAGCCUUGAUUGACGUAGACCUGCUGGAAGCGGCGCAUCCAUCACCAGGCUGAGCCACAGCAGAAGUCACCGGCUGCUCCUGCAGGAACACAAAGGCGUGCGGGUAGCUGGGAGGCUCUCGGCUACCGGCGGCCGCCCAGCUUCACCUUUCCUCUGGCAAGUAGCUCUGCAUUCCGCCGCCCCCCCCCGCCGCCCUCCCCGAAGAGACCGGCGAGGAGGACACGCCGCCUCCACGCCCUGAUGCCUGGACCACCAUUGCGGAAAGGGGGAAAAGGGGAGCGGACGGGAGAGAAGAGGGGAGCCCUGAGCCCACAGGCCCGUCCUUGAUCGAUCGGCUGCUCCUUUCUGACCGCCGCUGCCUCUUUUUGCCUCCCAUCCGAAGGAGUUGCUGCCUCGGCUGAUGGAUGCCGGAAGGUGCCGCAUUGCCUGGUGUAUGUUGGUUGGCUUUUUGGCUGGUAGGCAUUACUUGGCUGUUCCUUUUUGUCUCUGAAUGCCUUUCUUCCGGCGGAUGGCUGGGAUCUCCGCGAGGCGACCAGACCUGCUCCGUCAGUGAGUGAAAAGGACCCAGAUUUCACCCCCGGCCUCUCCCCGCUCUUUCCCACCCCACCCCGCUUUUCUAUAGGCGACGGAGAGGGACAGACGGCAGCCUUGCUGGUACUAGAUGAGGUCACUAUGUAAGUGGACAAGUGGGUGGAAAGACGUGGUAGAGGAAUCCAUCCCCUGCUCCGGAGAUUAAAAAGCUCUUUUGGGGGAGAUGGUAUCUGAAGAAGCAGCUAAUUGAUUAAAAACAAUAAUCCAAUUUACCCAGCUGAUCAGCACAUGCCUCUUGAACCCUACCACGCAUUGAUUUUUAAAUGCUAUACAGGAAUGGCUCAGAGAGAGUGAGGGAGGCAGGGGGGAAAAAAAACAUCUUUACUGAAAGGUGGGAAUUAGAUCGUAUUUAUUGAAAUUGCAGUUCUUUAGCUAUUUCAGCAGCGGCAAGGUGAAGAUCUCUAAUUUGCAGGUAGAAGUGGGUGGGAAAUAUUAGCGUGUGCCUGUGGUGGAGGGAGUAAUUACCUCAAUCUCUUCUGCACUCCAGGCAAAGUCACUGUACGGCUGUUUGGCCUUGUUCUGGCUGGCAUCAUAAUGCUGAUCUGUAUCUGCUGAUCAAGGCAUUUUAUUUUAGUGGGGUGGUGUUGUUUUUCUUGCGCUCACCCGAUUGUUUAAACCACAGACUGAAUGAGAAGGAGGAUGCUCUAUUCUGUCUACUUGGGCCCUGUCAGAGCCAUUAUUUCUAGUCAUCAACAGGCAAUUGCUGCAGAAGGAGAGUAAUUGGGUUCAAUUUUAUGUGAGUUAUAGUUUCGCUGCAGCUUCAAGCUGUGGACAGAUGUUGGAAGGGUGGGAUUUGGAGCUGAGAAAGGAGAGCAGAGCAACAGUACAGUAUGUGUGUGUGUAGUUAAUUGGGGGAUGGGAAGGGUAGAUUGGAAUUGAGGGGCAUAUAUUAAUUGAAUCAUAUUAGGCAUUAGUGUUGGAGAGAUUGGUAGCAAAGAAUUACCUAACUUGUUGGAUACUAGAAAUGGAAGGGAGAGUUUCAUAGAUCAAAACAAGAGACAGAAUUUCAGGCUUUGUGGCAGUUUGGAGGUUUCACCCCUUCUUCUGUACUAGAAGAACCACUAUCGGACCAAGUGGCACAAUGACUCAUUUGCAGGCAGGUCUGUCUCCAGAGACCCUGGAGAAGGCCCGAUUGGAACUGAAUGAGAACCCAGACACUCUGCACCAAGACAUCCAAGAAGUUCGGGACAUGGUGAUCACCCGACCGGACAUUGGCUUUCUACGCACAGAUGAUGCCUUUAUCCUCCGCUUCUUGCGGGCCAGAAAGUUCCAGCAUUUUGAAGCGUUUCGCUUGUUGGCCCAAUACUUUGAGUAUCGUCAGCAGAACCUUGAUAUGUUCAAGAGCUUCAAAGCCACUGAUCCAGGCAUCAAGCAAGCACUCAAGGAUGGCUUCCCAGGAGGGUUGGCCAACCUUGACCAUUAUGGCAGGAAGAUCCUGGUGCUGUUUGCUGCCAACUGGGACCAAAGCAGAUACACACUGGUGGAUAUUUUACGUGCCAUCCUUCUUUCGUUAGAGGCUAUGAUCGAGGACCCAGAACUUCAAGUAAAUGGAUUUGUUUUGAUUAUAGACUGGAGUAAUUUCACUUUCAAACAGGCUUCUAAACUGACACCAAGUAUGCUUCGAUUAGCCAUAGAAGGCCUUCAGGACAGUUUCCCAGCUCGAUUUGGAGGAAUUCAUUUUGUCAAUCAGCCAUGGUACAUCCAUGCCCUUUAUACAGUUAUACGUCCAUUUUUAAAGGAGAAGACAAGGAAGAGGAUAUUUCUCCAUGGAAACAACCUCAACAGUCUGCACCAGUUGAUUCAUCCUGAAAUUCUCCCUUCCGAAUUUGGAGGAAUGCUUCCACCUUACGACAUGGGCACAUGGGCAAGAACGCUGCUAGAUCACGAGUAUGAUGAUGACAGUGAAUAUAGUGUGGACUCCUAUAACACAUCUGCAAAAGAAGUUGAAAAGGAGCUCUCACCCAAAUCCAUGAAGAGGUCUCAGUCUGUUGUGGACCCUGGAGUGCUCAAGCGCAUGGAUAAAAACGAAGAAGAAAACAUGCAGCCAUUGCUUUCGCUUGACUAGCAGUCUGAGCAUCAAAUAUGAAUGAGGGUGGAAGGUAUUGCUUUUCAGAGCCAUCCAUUGAGAAAGAAUGUACAAGUUGGAAUCCUAUUUUUCAUGUUAACGUAGCAUAUUCUAAUGAGGCAGCAGGUUUUGCCAGGCAUCCUAGCUACCACUGAGCUGGAAAACAGGGUGGGGGAAAAAAUAAACAGGAGAAAAUAUCAAUAAUAUAUUCUCUUAAGUGCCAACCUGUUUGUAAAUAGUCGUUUCCUUCUUUGUGCAUUUGUAAGUAAUGAUAGGAAUUAUAUAGUACAGGAAAAAAAUAUAAAGUGGCCAUUAACAUGCCAGAUGAAGGCCCUAUAAAAGAACAGAAUGAACUCAGACAAAAAUAGAAAAUCAGACCCUAGAUAGAUGUCAUCCUUUUUAUACAAAGCCAUAUUUCAGCUGCCACACUGCUUCAUUUGUUUCUCGCAGUUUCCAUUUAGCAAGCUGUAGGCAUUGUAACUCAGAUUUGCUGGUUUAAAAGAUUGCCACAAACCUUGCCAGAGCUCAUCACAGGGAUUAUAAAAUAAUUCACUGUGGGAAAAAGAAGAAGAAGAAGAAAGAAAAGAAAUAGUCAGAGAGACAAUGAGCUAAAUAUCAAUCCUUGGUAUAUUUUUGGAGACAUCUAAUUUUCACAGUCUGGAUUUUGAGAGCUGUUUGGUUCCUGAAAAAUGAAAGAAGCCUCAUCUAGGUACUGUAUUCGAGAACUUUAUCCUUGUGGAACCUAGUUCAUAAUCCUCUGCUCCGUCUACUUCGCAGAUGGAUGAAUGAUUUCUAAACUGUACGAAACAAAAGUCUGGAUACAUAUCUAUAUAUUUUUACCAGUCUCUAUACAUAUAAAGUGUCAUUGGUAGAUAAGUAUAUUUAAUCAAGGAUUUAUAAAAAAAAAUCAUACCUAUUUGGUGUGUUUAGAGUUUAUUAUAUAUUGUAUAUUAAGGCAAUGUCAUUGUUAUCUUAGUAAAAUAUUAAGUACAUCAUCCUACUUGGAGCAAAACUUAAUUGUUAGAAGAAUGGUGUGCUGCAAUGCCAUGCUAAGGCCAUCUUUUGUUUGUGAUGUAAUUGUGUCGAUGAGAUAUGUGCCAUAUUAGACUGAAAUAACAUUUUUACCUCAGAAGAUCAAACAGUACCUGAAGUGGACUGUAGUUUAGGAGUGUGUCUUCAUCUUUGAUUGUGCUGAUAUGCAUGUGUAUUUCUGCUGUACAUCAAAACAAGAAUUGCACCCUACAACUAUCUUUCCUUCAGAAAGAUUUAAUAUUACAGUACAGUUCAACAGGAAUGACAAGAUCUCUUGCUUGCAAAAAAAAAAUGUUAUGAAUAAGCUUUCAAGGACAUUAAUCAGUUAAAAAUACUUGAGAUCCUUGACCAUGGGUGGGAUUCAUUGUAAUCCUAAUUUUAAAGAUCUUUGAUUGAUAGAAAAAAAAAGCAUGAGUAUGUUUUGAGCACUCUGCUCCAUUCAGAGAUUACCUCUGCAGGUAAUAGUUCAUGGAUGGACUAUUACAUCUCAUGUUGGCUCUACCAUUGUUGCGUGAUUCAGAUGCUUAGUCUUUUCACCAGAAACAUGUCUUCUGGUGAGUCAUUUCCAUUACAAAUUACUAUUAAUAUAAUGUGAGGCUUUAGUACAUGCUAGGCCAUUUUAUGUGCAGUUGAAUGCUAAGAAAGGCACAUUUGCCUUAAUUUAUCCUGUGUACAUUUUGAUACUUGUGUUCUCUUCAUAUUUCUGGACAUUAACUUAAUUGUGUUAUUAAAUCAUCCUCAUUUUUGGUGGUAUAGGGCUACAUACAAAAUUACAGCAUAAACUUCCAUCUCUCUUGUGUCCUCAGGAGGAUCCUUGUAGGGGUGAGCAUAAUGCUAUAGCGGGAAAGUUCCACCAGGAAUGUAUACUUUCUACAUCCAAAAUGUCCUAUGUACAGUAUUAUGCAGAAAAUUCUCAAUGGAAGAAUGUUGGAAUUAGUGCAUCAGAACUGAUCCCUACUGGUAGAGAUGAUUUAGAAAGACUGAUGCUGAUCACAUCAGAGUUCAAGGCAUGUUUCUGAAACAACCCUUGCCUCUCUUAGGAUAUGCUUCAGCUUCCUUGGAAAGAUUACAAAAAGUAAGCAAAAAGUUAUGUCUCCUUCACAUUGAGCUUGACUCAUGGUGAUUAUCCAUGACUUUUUUCCUGAAAAAUCACUGCUACUGCCUUCUUUUUCAUUUCUUUAUUUUUGUUUCCUAGUCUAGUUUAUAGUUGGAAAUAUCCUGAAGGUCUGUCAUCCAAAUAUUAACCAGAUCCAACCUUACUUCAUUUCCAUGGUCAGCCAUGUAUUGCUACGUGUGGUCACUUGCUGAGACAUUGGAGUACAAUAGAACCUCUAGUCAUGUACGCUUCUGACCACGACCAAAUCGGGUUCCGACCAAAAAAUUCACAAUUUUUUUUUUCUUUUCAUGACCAAUCUUCCCUUCCGUGCCAUUUUUUUUUCUUUUUUUGUAAGUGCCAAAUUUCCAAAAUUAGGUUCGGGUCACGACCAAAUCAGUUUGCGACCAAAGUCAUGGAACAUAUUAUGGUUGUGACCAGAGGUUCUUCUGUAUGUGUCAAUGCAUUCAGAAUUACUGCUAAGAAGAUAUUGAACUGGCAAUAGCAACUAGUCUUCUUUCUUUAACCAGGUACUUAUAUAAAUCAUGUUUUGAAGCAUAUUUGUCACAUUCAUACUUUACAGUUUUAGGUGCAUAGAGAAAAAGAAAAUGGCCAAUUUCUUGGCAUCUAGUUUUGGCUUUAACCUAUCUUCUUGUAUCUUCACCAUCAGAAGGAAGAACUUCACAUGUCUGUUCUUUCCCAGUGUAUUUUCAUGCUAGUAGGUUAGUUUAUAUUUAUCCUUUGAAGGUUCUUGAACUUAAAAGUCUUCUGAGCACCAACUAUACAUUCUUACAAGGCUUUAAAGGAGUAAAAAAAAUGGAUGAUUAGACCUUGGUACAGGUAGUCCUCUACUUACGACUGCAAUUGAGCCCAAAAUUUAUGUUGCUAAGUAAGACGUUUAUUGACUUUUGCCCAGUGGUGAAAUCCAAUUUUUUUUACUACCGGUUCUGUGGGCGUGGCUUGGUGGGCGUGGUGUGGUGUGGCUUAGUGGGCGUGGCAGAAGGAUACUGUAAAAUCUCCAUUCCCACCCCACUCCAGGGGAAGGAUACUGCAAAAUCUCCAUUCCCACCCCACUCCUGAGGGAAGGAUACUGCAAAAUCUCCAUUCCUACCCCAUUCCAGGGGGAAGAAUAUUGCAAAAUCCCCAUUCCCACCCCACUCUGGGGCCAGCCAGAGGUGGUAUUUGCCGGUUCUCCGAACUGCUCAAAAUUUCUGCUACCGGUUCUCCAGAACCUAUCAGAACCUGCUGGAUUUCACCACGGGUUUUGCCCCAUUGAACGACUUUUCUUGGCACAGUUAUUAAGUGAAUCACUGCAGUUGCUAAGUUAGUCACCCAGUUGUUAAAUAAAUCUGACUUCCCCAUUGACUUUGCUUGUCAGAAAGUGAUCACAUGACCCUGGGACACUGCAACCGUCAUAAAUAUGAGUCAGUUGCUGAGCAUCUGAAUUUUAAUCACAUGGCAUGGGGAUGCUGCAAUAUUUGUAAAAAAUAGUCAUAAGUCAUUUUUUUCAGUGCUGUGAUAACUUUGAACAGUUACAAAAUAAUCUGUUAUAAAACAAGGGCUACCUGCCCUAUAACCUGGUAGAAUUAGGAUGGUGGAAAAAUUAUCUUUUUGGAUAUAAUGCUCAGCAAGACAAGCGGUAAUUAUACAGAUACAUUUUCCUCCUGUAAUAUAAGAACAGAACAAAGCCCCUCAGCUUGUCAAUGCACUACCUUUGCAAGAUUUUGAGGGCAGCUAUCAAAAUACCGUCACAAAUUACAUCAUAAUGUUCAUGUAACAGAAGGCAGAAAAUGUUUAAUAUGUAGAGAGUGAUAUUUGAUGUAGUUCAUUAACUCUAUUUAAUUUUAAUUAUAUCUUAAUUUAUCCAUUUCAUCUAGAUUAAUUAAAUCAAUUUUAGUAUUCUGGCUCUGCCCAAUUUUUAGAAUAAUGCCAUUCAAAAGCCAGUUGCAAAGAUUAAUCCAGAAAGGAAUGCAAGGAAUGAUCCUUCUGUGGAUCAUUGGGCUGGAGUGAAAAUGUGAUUAAAUUGCCUUUUAAUUCCAAAGAUGGUUUGGGAUAAAGGGAUACGAUAUAGCACCCAAAUCUCUCUCAAAUAAUUUGAAAAGGAACACCCUAUAGUUCUUCAGUUGAACUAUAUUCUUCAAAUACUGAGAACAAGUCAAUCCCUGCUGUCCCACUAACUGAUCAUUAAAAGCUAAAACUUUCCCCUGUCCACUUGUCCCUGAUUCUAGGGGGCAAUACUAAGCUCCAUUUCUUAGCCAAGGGAGCCAGCAUUGUUCCAUGGUCAUGUGGCCAGCAUGACUAUACAUUGAGAAUGCCGUUACCGCCCCACUGAAAUGGUACCUAUUUAUCUACUCACAUUUGCAUGCUUUUGAACUGCUAGCUUGGCAGGAGUUAGGGCGAGAGCCUCACUCCGUCACACAGCAUUCGGGUCUCAAACCUGAGCUCUCAGCAUUGCAGCUGACAAGCUUCGUGACUUUAACUGCUGUCAUUGUGCCCCCCAACUGAUUAUUAGUCCCUACAAUAUGUACACACACACACACAUAUACCUGAAACAAAAGGAAAUACCUUCCUCCUUUUUAGAAUGUGUUGUCCAGUUGUUUUCAAAAAGAAAGACAAUCCUACCAGGCCAUCAUUUCUUAUGUUUCUAGAAACCUCAGGAAGAGGUGUGAAGGUGGCAUGAUAAAAUGUCCCCCAUUUUUCAACCCAUUUCUUUCAGUGCCUAUUGUGGCUAUUGGCUGAAGCAUGGCAAUAUGUUGUAAGUAAAAGCCUUUUUUUUUAGGCUGUAAGAAGUAAAAUUCAUUGCACGGUCCCUAGUCUGUACAAAAGAAACAAAACAAACACUAACAACAAAAGCAAGCAGCUCCGAGCUAGGCACAGUAAUUUGAUUCAUAAAAAGGGGGGAGGAAAAAAAACCUCUUAAUUUACCACUGCUGAAUCAGUUCAGUAGGUUUUAAAAAAAGAGAGAGCUUGUUCAAGAUCAGGAACUAGGAGGAGAGAGAGAGAGAGCAAGCAAGGCUUCCUUCAUUGCAGGAAUGGACUGCCUCAUGCUCGGCAGAAAAGAUAGAAAUCGUUGCAAGAGAAAUCCUUCUUUGAGAUUUGAGAUCAUAACUGGGGUUGCACAUCAGCUGAGCCAUUCAUAAAUCAACUAAACUGCCAAGCUAAACUAACCCAGAGGGAUCCCAGAGACCUUGAGCUAUUUUUUGAAUUCAUAUUUGAAUCCUCGUAUAGAAGCCUCACAGAUAUAUUUGCAUAAACAGAGAACUUAAGGAACCCUCUUCACUUCUGUAUAGUAUUAUAAUAAUUCAGUAGAGUUUCUCUACUUGCCCUCCUUGGUUGCUCUCCUUGGUUAUAACUUAGUUCAGUGUUUCUCAACCUUGGUAGCUUGAAGAUGG